CCCUCUUGGGCCUUUGGAGGCGGCCCGGGGGGGCGGCGAGGCCAGGACCGAAGGCUCGGGGCCGGCUUCCUUCCGCCGCCUCCGGGAGGCCCUCUAGCGGGCGCUGUCCCCCGCCGGCCGGCCGGCCGGGCACGUGGAGGGCGGGUCCCGGGCCGGCUCCCUGGGCCGCUGCCAUUGUGCGUCCGUCGGGGCGCGCUUGGAACGGGCCGCUCCUGGCCGGGAGGAGAGGAGGCGGCCGCCCCGAGGAGGGAACUGCGCGGAGGAGGCGGAGGCUGGCUGGCGGGCGCGGCUGCGGCUUCCUUCCUUCCUUCCCUCCCUCCUUCCCUCUCUCUCUCCUCCCCUCGGCCGGCUGGGCCUCGCCUUCCCCCCUCCCCUCCCCUGCCCGCCUGCCAGCCUGCCUACCCUCCCUCCGCUCCCCGACCGGCAGCUCCGCGCUCUCCGCGCCCGGCGCCGGCUCCUCCUCUCCGCGCCUCCAGCAAGAUGACAGCCGGGCGGCGGCGGUGGUGGUGGAGGCGGCGCGGAGGCUCCUCGCACCGGCUGGUGGCUGACCUGCCUCCCUCGUUUUUAACGCUGAAGCCAGAUUGUUUUAUCUAAAGAUGGAAACACUGGAGUCGGAACUGACUUGCCCAAUUUGCCUGGAGUUAUUUGAAGACCCACUGCUUCUGCCGUGCGCUCACAGCCUGUGCUUCAGCUGUGCCCACCGCAUCCUGGUCUCCAGUUGCACCUCUGGCGAGCCCCUUGAACCCAUCACUGCCUUUCAGUGCCCCACUUGCCGCUAUGUCAUCUCCCUCAACCAUCGGGGCCUAGAGGGCCUCAAACGCAAUGUGACCUUGCAGAACAUCAUCGACCGCUUCCAGAAGGCCUCCCUGAGUGGCCCCAACUCCCCCGGCGAGAACUGUCGUGAGCGGCCGUACCGCCAGAGCCCGACCAUGUCUGCCGGAGAGAGGAUAUUCUGCCAGUUCUGUGAGCAGGACCCUCCACGUGACGCCGUCAAGACCUGCAUUACUUGUGAAGUGUCUUACUGCGAUCGCUGCCUGCGGGCCACGCACCCCAACAAGAAGCCGUUCACCAGCCACCGGCUGGUGGAACCCGUGCCAGAUGCACACUUUCGUGGUCUCACUUGUCUGGAGCAUGAGAACGAGAAAGUGAACAUGUACUGUGUGGCUGAUGACCAGCUCAUUUGUGCCUUAUGCAAACUCGUGGGGCGGCAUCGAGAUCAUCAGGUGGCAUCCCUGAGUGACCGGUUCGAGAAGCUCAAGCAAACACUGGAGAUGAACCUCACCAACCUGGUUAAGCGCAAUAGUGAACUAGAAAACCAGAUGGCCAAACUGAUACAGAUCUGCCAGCAAGUGGAGGUGAACACAGCCAUGCACGAGGCCAAACUAAUGGAGGAAUGUGACGAGUUGAUGGAGAUCAUCCGGCAACGCAAGCAGGUGAUUGCUGUGAAGAUCAAAGAGACCAAGGUACAUAGGGUCGCCAUGGCAACCGCAUCCUCUCAAGUUUUGAUACCAGAUAUCAAUUUUAACGAUGCCUUUGAAAACUUUGCUUUAGAUUUUUCCAGAGAGAAGAAAUUGCUGGAGGGGUUGGAUUAUCUAACAGCACCUAACCCACCAUCGGUCCGUGAAGAACUUUGCACUGCCUCGCACGACACCAUCACUGUCCACUGGAUCUCAGAUGAUGAAUUCAGCGUCAGCUCCUAUGAGCUCCAGUACACCAUCUUCACAGGCCAGGCCAACUUCAUUAGCCUGUACAACUCCAUGGACAGCUGGAUGAUUGUUCCCAACAUCAAGCAGAACCACUACACGGUGCACGGGCUGCAGAGCGGCACGCGGUACAUAUUUCUUGUCAAGGCAAUAAACCAGGCUGGCAGCCGGAACAGCGACCCCGCCAGGCUCAAGACAAACAGCCAGCCCUUCAAACUGGACCCCAAAAUGGCCCACAAGAAGCUGAAGAUCUCCAAUGACGGGCUCCAGAUGGAGAAAGAUGAGAGCUCCCUGAAAAAGAGCCACACGCCCGAGAGGUUCAGUGGGACAGGGUGCUACGGCAGCAACGUAUUCAUCGACAGUGGCUGCCAUUAUUGGGAGGUGACCGUGGGCUCCUCCACAUGGUACGCCAUCGGCAUCGCCUACAAAUCAGCCCCAAAGAACGAGUGGAUCGGCAAGAACUCCUCCUCUUGGGUCUUCUCCCGCAACAACAACUUUGUGGUGCGUCACAAUAACAAGGAGAUGCUGGUGGACGUUCACCCGCAGAUGAAGCGCCUGGGCAUCCUCCUAGACUAUGACAACAACAUAUUUUCCUUCUAUGACCCGGCCAACUCCCUGCACCUCCAUACGUUUGAGAUUUCCUUUAUUCUACCUGUCUGCCCCACCUUCACGAUUUGGAACAAAUCCUUAGUGGUUGCCUCGGGUCUGCCUGCUCCAGACUUCAUUGACUACCCCGAGCAGCAGGAGUGCAACUGCCGCCCCCACGAGUCCCCGUAUGUAUCAGGGAUGAAAGCCUGUCAUUGAGGCACGAGAAGCCCCCUCCCUCCUAGCCAAGCCUCAGGAACUUCUGCGCCACUGGACUGGAAGGCGCACUACGCUUCCCCAUGGGUCACUCAGCAACUCGCCGCACCUGGCUAGCUUGUGUCUCGAGGGAAACCCACGUCUCUGGCGCACGCCCCGUGGGAGGGUGUGGGUGGCGUUUCACGGACUUGUUUUGUUUUGUUUUGGGUAGCACUACUGAAUUUUCUCCAAUGGAGUCGGCAUGUCUUGUUUUGGUUUCCUGAUGGGGAAAAAGGUGACGCGGCAGAGCACGAGGUGGGGCCUCCUCAGUUGCCAGAAUGUUGAUGAAUGAGAGUUUGCGUCUGUCUGUAAAGGGAUUCCUCGGGCACCUGGGAUUCUCCCCGCUCCUGUUGUGUUGAGAGAGCUGAGCAGAAGUUUGGAACCCAAGCCAUUAACUAGAACCUAUAGGGCUGUUCCACAUAUAGCAAUCAAAUAUGACAGUUGCGUACACGGGUGUUUUGUUUUGAGCAAAUGCAGCAUGCAUGCACAGGGCAGUCUUGGCCUGUCUCCGAUUCUGUGCGCUUGCAAUGAAAACCCCAGAGCUGUGACUGUCCCAUGCAGCGAUGCUCCUGCAGAUUGCAUUUUGUUCCUUAUGUGGAAGGACCUUCCGCGUAGGAUUUUUCAGUGAAGCAGCCUGUAGUGUUACAAGGAUCACUGCACUUCGCGCAGAAAGGGGAGAAGCAAUGGCAGCCCGGAAGUCCAUGACUACUGAAAUAUACCUGGCUUUGGAAGGGUGGGUUGCUUGUGCCUUGGCUGCAGAGAUGAUCCCCAGUGUGUUUCCUGGUUGAGCUGGGUUUGCCAGACCCUUUGUCAGGCAUCGGAAUGAGACUGGGAAAACGGUUUUGAAUAAUGGGGAGAAGGAGGCGGAAUUUUAGAGCAUGCUGAAGAUGUCUGGUUUUUCCAACCGGUGCAGGCCCCAGAACAAUCCUGAUCCCCAGUCUCUUGGCUCAGAUGCUUUGGUCUGAGAUGGGUCUGUAUAGUUGGGGUUCAGUGGAAAACCCAUCUAGAUGAAAACGGGCUGAUCGCCUCCUCUUCCCUAUAGCUCUUGUUUCUGUCAAGGACUUUCACGGAGUGCAUGUCACCUCUGGCUUUGGUGUGCGAAGGGGAAACCCAGGUGAAUGGAGCAGCCAGGGAGCCUUCAGAAAAUUACAAAGGAAAGCUGCUGGCCUAGAGAAUAUUGUACGCAGCAGCACAGCUUCCUGGUGAGGAGAGGGGUCUUGGGAAGGAGUUCCAGGUACACCCAGAGGAUACAGUGCACUGAAUUGGGAGCGCAGAGAAGGCUAGAAUUGCAAGGCCGACUUUUUGUCUAGAUUAAGCACAUGGGAAGUGUUUGUACUUGUCCUGACUUUGGAUCUCUGUAUUCAGCAACAGAACGAAUCAGGCCGUAGGAGUGGAAUUUAUUGUCAGGCCGUAUGAUGAUGACUCUGGGAGUUUUCAGAGGGGUACCUUGUUAUUUAGCGACAGCUGCCAAAUUCCAGUGCUGAGUAUUCUAUGGGUGAUUGGCAGGGUCCAGCAGGGGUCCCUCUGCAGUAAAGGACACGUUAUUACUAGCUGCUGAAUUGUUUGCAAAAUUUGGAAGGCCGUGCCCGCCUCCUGCAUUUUUCCAGAGUGGAAUGAUUGAUGUGGGUCUGAGCUUCCAAAACAGAGAGCCCCCAGCCCUCCCGUACGUUGCAGAGGAAAUCUAGGAAGUGUGAUGGCAGAGUCAAAAACAUGCAUGGAUUUUGGAUUUAGUCAGUCAGGAUAUGUUGGUACUGAAACAUGGUGUCCUUUUUCAUCUGUUAAAGUCUCAUUACACAGAACCUGACGCCAGGCAUAGACUUCUGAGAUCUCAGGCUUUGACGAAAAGAUACAAAAGCUUUGAUUCCUUAUUGAUGGCACUGGAAAUCAGGGGGACAAAAGUCUAGCAGAGGCCUUGUAGGUUGAGAAGCAGGGCGUCUUUCUCCUGCAGAGCUCUCCUUUUUCUUCCAGGUAGUUUUCAUAGUGGGGGUACGACACACUAAAUUCUAAUGGUUCUUUUGUUACCCAUAUGUUCCUUCCUGGCACCAAGAAACCAAGAAAGAAAUUUAUUAAUUGCAGUCACUGACCAAAGUAUAGACAGAUAAAUAAAUGGGCUAUUAGCUUAGUACGUACGACGUCUCUACAAAACAUUAAAAUUCUACUACCGAUCCAUUAAAAAUUUAAAUACGGUAAGCAGUACCACAACAGUUGAAGAUUAUUAUUGUCAGGGUAUCUUAGUCCAGUUAGUUCUAAUCCUUGUUGCCAACCAAGCAUACUUGGCACCAUAACCCUUUCUCACAGACCCUCUUCCCUUCUGCCUCCCCUAAAUUCUGCCAAACCUACACGUGGACAGAUUUAAAAAACAAUACACGCGCUUGUACACCUAUUCAAUAGCCUUAAUGUAUUUAGUCGAAGCGCUU